UAUGCCCACACAAGCAUUCGGAAGUCUGGAGAGACUUUUAUAGUUGAAAGACAUUUGUGUGUAACUUUGUUGUUCUGCUAUGUUGUCCCGCCAUCCAUUUCCUGUGGGUGACAAAGAACCGGUUCCUGCCCUUCCUUCCUACACCAUCCCGGUGUCUUCAGGAGAGUGGGCAGAGAAGCCCUCGGACGCCUUCUCCUUCCUGCGGGAGCUCCAGGCCUUCCUGGGCGACGUCUUCCCCCUUCCCCCCGGGGAGGCCGUCUCCUUGAGGGUGCAGCUGCCGUCCCUGAAGUCCCUGCCCAGCCUGGCCCUGGGGCCGGCCUCCAGCGAGACGCUCCUGGUGGGGCUGCUCAACUCCUCCUCGCCCACCUUCUUCUCCUUCCCGCCCCUCCGCUCGGUGCGGCGGCUGGGCCGCGGGGGAGAGCUGGCCCUGCCGCCGGACCUGCUGGAGGAGCUCCGGAGGAAGCUGGGGACGCUGGAGCAGCAGGUGGAGGUGCUGAUGGGGGAGGUGGCGGUGGAGCAGAAGGCCGUUCGGAGCCUGGAGCGCCUCAAGGCUCUCAGUGCGCUUCCCAGGGAGGUGCGACCAGCAGGAGAGCUCCAGUACAGAGCCUUCCUGCUGAUGCUAGCCCUACAGACGGUAUCGCAGGCCUACGAGAUCCAGAGAGGCCUGCGAGCCGCCAGAGCCGGUCAGGCCAGCGAGAGCAACAUCUGUAGGGUGCAGGAACACUAUAUGCAACUGGAAACGUAUGUGCUGUCGCCCUGCAGGGCCUCUAUCAAAAAAUGCACCGGGGUGUGCAGCUUCCCCCUGCACAACCCGACCAACCACGCCGUCGUGAUCUUUGACCAGAUCCAGAGCGGCGCCUUGCUGGACAGCUCCGUGUGCUGCGUGCCGGUGGCCUACGACUCCCUGCGGGUGGUGGAACUUAUGGAUGACGGGACCACCCUCAGCCACGUCAAGGAAAACAUGUUUGCCAAAGAAUGUGGCUGCCGCUGAAGAACCGCCUUGACUGUCGCGACUGAAGCGUUGUACACCUCUUGUGCUGGCGUUACGAGCAAGGCGGUUAAGGAAUACAUUGUACCCUUCCGAGGCUUGACUGAAAUAGAUCGUACAGAUGUUUUCCAAUUCCAUUUUUUCCUUCCCGAUUCCGAUUCCUGAACUUGAGCAUCGGCCGAUACCGAGUAUUUACCGAUACAGAACCUAGCAUUGUAACUAGUAAUAACACUUG